CAAUUAUCAAAAUGAUACCUCAAAAUGACAGUGAAUAGCCCCUAAUUACAUCAGCUUAGUACUAGAACGAAAUAUUACAAAACUAAUCUUCCUAACGUCUUUAAUAUAGUAUGAAUCAAUCUUUUCAACCUUUUGUUGAAAAUGUAGAUAGCAAGGAACCAUUAGUCACCAAUAUAGCUGUAAAAAAAUGAGUUAUUUAAUUAGGAUAUUGAUCAUCCAGAUAAAAUCAUACAUUUGUUGCAAUAAACCUUCUAAAGUGGAUAAAUCUACAUAGAUUAAGGAUACUAAAAUUUGAUAUCUCUCAACCCUUUUGAAGUUACCUAGCAUUUGAGCGACUAGUCAAUACAAAAUCAUAAGAAGGAAUACCUGAAACUGAGUAAGAAUAUUUAUUAAAUUGAAUAGGUUAUUCACAAUUAAGUUUGUCUAAACCUCAUCUCUAUAAAUUGGCAGAACAAGCUAAAUAAGCUUGCUUUUCUCCAACAAAUAUACACAACACCUGUUCUAUUCUGACCUAGGGAAUUAGUGGAUCUGGUAAGACAGUGUCUGCUAAGGGUAUAUUGGAUUACGUAGCAGCCCUUUCUACCAGUGGAUUGUUUACAUCUACAACUCUAAACAAAGUUGAAAUUGAAAAAAGGGUUAUUGCCGCCGAUGUUAUUUUUGAGGCUUUUGGAAAUGCAAAAACAAUAAAAAACUCAAAUUCUUCUAGAUUUGGAAAGGUUGUUUCAAUUCAAUUUGAGAAGAGCAAAAAAUUAAGCAGCGCUAAAAUAGUAACAACUCUUUUUGAAAGGACAAGAUUAACACAAAAAGGAUUUAAGGAUAGAAAUUUUCAUAUCUUUUACGAAUUAUAUACAGCAUAUCAUAAAACUGAGGAUAUAAGUACUUAAUAAAAUUAUCACACUAGAAACCUUUGCAAAUGAGCAUGAGGAAGAUAUUGAAUUUAAAUAUGAUCUUGAUUAAUUGAUAAAUGAAAUAGAAAAAUUAGCACUUGAUACUGAGUUUAUGCUUCUCGGAACUCAAAAUUAAUUUGUGUCCAGUCAGGAUAAUUAAUCAAAUAAGUUAGAUGAAGAUUAAGCACAAGCGAAUGAAGAUUUUGGCAAGUUUAUGAGACUCUUGUAGGCUUUUGGCGAUCUUGAUUUUACCCUGGAAGAAGUGGUUAACAUAUUUUAAUGCAUUGCUGGCCUUAUUCAUUUGAAAGAAGAUAACUAUGAAAAAGCUGAAGAAUUAUUGAAGAUACCAAAUAUAAAGCAGAUCAUAGAUAAAAAUAUUGAAACUCGUUCAAGUAGGAAAUUUUAGGCAGAAUCGAUCAUCAAUGGAAUUAUUAUGGAUUUCUACUAUAAACUAUUCAUGUGGAUCUAAAAUAGGGUGAAUAGCAAUAUCUCUCAAGAUUUCGAUGCCAAUAAGAAAUUUGUUUUAAACAUCUUCGAUAGUUUUGGAUUUGAAAUAUUUGAGAAUUAAGAUAAAGUUUAAUAAAAUCAAUUCGAAUAGUUGUUGCUAAACUAUAUAAAUGAAAAGUUAUAGAACUUGUUUUAUUAAUAGAUUGUUGAAAAUGCACAAAGUAAUUAUAUAUUAUUACGUCAAUAGAGAAAUUCCAAUCUGAAGAUAUAAAUAUACUCCCAAUAGAUUUUCAAAAAAAUGAUAGAAUUGUCUUAGCAAUAGAGGAUGUGAUGUUCAAAAGCCUAAAGGAUAGUAUCCUAUUGUAGAGAGGUACGGAGAAUUAUAAGGAUACAGUAAAAAAAAAUAUUCAAGAAAAAGGUUUUUAAGAUAUUUUGAUUGACGAAAGCUAAUUGAAAAAAAAACAAGGAUCAUUAACAUAAAGUUAGAUUACACACAAAUUUUAAUAAAAUAUUAUAGGUAUCAGACAUACCGGAGGAGAAAUCUAUUAUUAACUUGAUGGUUUCCUUUCAAGCAAUAAGUAUAUGGUAAGUUAGGAGAUAUAGAAUCUCAAUCAAUUGAGUUAAAAUUAAAUUAUUAAGGCAUUCACUCAAUAAUCUUAAAGCCAAACAGUGGUGGAUACCACUUAAAAAGAGAUUAAUGAUAUAAUUCAAAUGUUUAAGAAGUCUGAAACUUGGUUUGUUAAAUGCAUCUAAACAAAUUAUCAAUAUAACCCAAAAGAAUUUAAUGAAGGUUAAGUGAAAGAACAGCUGAGUUUUAGUGGAAUAGAUCUGUGUGCUAAUAUGUUAUUCUCGACAUAUUUCUUAAGUAUACCGAAGGAAGAAUUCUUUAAUACUUAUUUAAAACUCAAUCCUCAAAGUUAAAGUUUGGGUCAUUUGGUAGAUUUUAUAAAUGCCAAAAUAAAACAAUCAAAAGAUUAGACCGCCAUUUAACCCUUGCUGAUCGGGUCCAAUAAUAUACUGAUAAAGGAGUUGGUGAAGAGAAGACUCGAUUCAGAGUUAUAAUAGAUUUUAAGUAGGGAACAGCAGUAACAAUAUAACGCACCCUCAAGUUUGCGCGAUGAAUUAAUUGAAACUCUAUAAGCACAACUUUAAAGUUAAGCUUCGGAAAUCCAUAGUGCUCUUAAUAGGAAAGAUGAAAUAAUUUAAGGGCUGAAUCAGAAAAUUCUGGAGUUAUAAUAAUAGAAUAACGACUUGAUUAAGUAGAGUUAGGCGAUCUUUAAAUUUAUCAAUGAGGCGGAAAAAAAGUUUAAUUAACUUCAGAUAAAUAAUAACUAAUCACAAUUACAUUAGCCUCUUUAGAGCCAAUAAGAAUAGGGAAGCUUAGAAGGUAGGUAAAGUAUAUAAUUUGGAUAAAUAAAUUGA